CACACACGGUCUGUUCUCUCCUCCAGUUCCCAUCAGCAGAACCUCCAGCUCCUGUAGUUCACCGAUUUUUGCUUUGAUUCUCCCCCGAAGCCUCGGACCUGUACAGGACUCUUUGUUUCUCCCUGAAAACUAAGGAUUUUUUAAAAUUAUUGUUAUUAUUAUUUUCUGUCUUUUCCAUUGCAGCAUGGAGCCCACCACUGGGGAAUAUGUUGAUAACUAUGACUAUUAUGAAGACAAUGAGACUGCCUGUGACUUCUCUGAGUGGGAGCCAUCAUACUCCCUCAUUCCAGUCUUCUACAUGCUGAUCUUCAUCCUGGGCCUGUCAGGUAAUGGCGUGGUCAUCUUCACUGUCUGGAGAUCCAAGUCUAAGCGCCGGGCUGCAGAUGUCUACAUAGGAAACCUGGCCCUUGCUGACCUCACAUUUGUUGUAACCCUACCUCUCUGGGCUGUGUACACAGCACUGGGCUACCACUGGCCCUUUGGUGUGGCUCUGUGCAAGAUCAGCAGCUAUGUUGUUCUGGUCAACAUGUAUGCCAGUGUUUUCUGCCUCACCUGCCUGAGCUUUGACCGCUACCUGGCCAUCGUGCACUCGCUGUCCAGCAGCAGGCUGCGCUCACGGGGCACCAUGCUGGUGUCUUUGGGUGCUAUUUGGCUCCUGUCCGGCCUACUGGCUGUGCCCACGCUGCUCUUUCGCACCACUGUGAAUGACCAAAACAGCAACCGGACCACAUGUGCCAUGGACUUCAGCCUGGUGACCAUGAACCAGAGGCAUGAGUUUCUCUGGAUAGCAGGACUCAGCCUGUCCUCCUCUGCUUUGGGGUUUCUCCUACCUUUCUUGGCCAUGACCAUCUUCUACUGCUUCAUUGGCUGCACUGUCACACGCCACUUCAACAACCUGCGCAAGGAGGACCAGAAGAAGAAGCGCUUGCUGAAGAUCAUCACCACCCUGGUCGUGGUGUUUGCCAUCUGCUGGACUCCCUUCCAUGUGCUGAAGAGCAUGGACGCGCUCUCCUAUCUGAACCUGGCUCCGAGCUCCUGUGGGUUCCUUCGCUUCCUGCUGCUGGCUCACCCCUACGCCACCUGCUUGGCCUACAUCAACAGCUGCCUCAACCCAUUCUUGUAUGCCUUCUUUGACCUUCGCUUUCGAUCCCAGUGCCUGUGCCUACUCAACCUGAAAAAGGCUAUGCAUGGCCAGAUGAGCUCCAUGUCAUCCACGCUCAGUGCCCAGACUCAGAAGUCAGAAGUUCAGUCUCUGGCCACCAAGGUGUAAACAGUGAAAGGAAAGGUGGAGCAGGGCUGCGGGACAGUCCCAGCUGCCACCUCUGGAACAGUUGUAAAAACACAGACUAUACGUGUCCAUUGUUCAAAGCUGGUAAGAUGAGGUGAUCAACUUUGAAUAGACACUGCUCACCGUCAUGAAAUCCAUUGUAUGUUCCUCCUGUUCUACAGUGGGAUGCUCUGCAUGUCCUGCAGCCAGAGGGCUGAGCUCUGUAGCUGCUUUGCUCCUCAAAUUCUCAGAGAAAAAAGUCUAUUUCUUCUGUUUUGGUCUACUCUGCAAAAAUUCUCAUUUGUAUCAGAAAAGAGGGCAGAAUUGUGAUUUGAAACACACACCCACACUGCUCUGGAGGAACUGUGAAUUAAUUUGAAUUGAAAUCUGUGUACACUGGAUGAAACAUAAAGCUGUACAGUAUUUUCAUACCAUAUCCUGUUUCUUUGUUCAGAUAUAUUGCUAUUUUGUUGUAGAAGCACUUGUUAAAAAUGUGUGAGCAGGGAACUAAAACACAGCAGUGUCCUCUUGAAAAGGUUUGUUGUUUGAGAAGGUAGACGCUUGGACUGUGGCGGGGUGCUGUAGGAGGAAGAAAGGUGUUGCAGCUUAAUUAUGUAGUUUGUGGAGAGGAGAUGGGGGUAGACAGGCAGAUGGCACAAAUGUUACUGGGACUGACAACAGGGCGAGUAGGGGUGGGGGGUGGGGGUUCAGUGUAGUCACGGCACUAAAGGGAACAAAGGAACUUUAUAAUUGUUCCAAUUUGAUGUAUAUGUUUUAUUUUUUUGACAUCAAUGUAACUAACUACUGUAUUAAAGAUGUGUGCUG